UCGUAGAAGAAGAAUUGAACAGUUCCCGGUUGUUGAGCCGCUCUGUGACAGUGUUGGUGGAUUACAAAAUCACAAUUUAUUCAACCCAUUACCACUUUCAUUUGCUUUUAGAAUUUUUUUUUUUUUUUUUUUAGCGUGGAUGUAACUAUUGAUGACGCUGCUGUUCAUUAGGAAUCAUCGCUGCAAAGACCUGUCAGGAUGGCAGCAGAUUCUGAGGUGACAGAGGACAUUGUGUUCAGAGGUGUGGAGUUUGCUGUGAAAAUCGAAGUGGAGAAAAGUUUGCUGAUAGUCGAAAUAUCCGACUCUGUAACAGCAGAUCAGUGGAGGGGAGAGUUUGAUCCACCGUACAUUGAAGACCUCACUCGUAAAACUGGAAACUUCAAGCAGUUUCCCAUUUUUUGUAGCAUGUUGGAAUCAGCUGUUAGAAAGACAAGUGAUUCUGUUACACUUGACCUGUUGACCUAUGCUGACCUGGAGUUGCUACGCAACAGAAAAGUAGGUGUGGUUAGUCGUCCUCGCAGCCAUCAGCAGCCAUCUGCUCUCACUGCCAAGAGAUAUCUUAUCCUCAUAUACUGUGGAGUUCGACAGGUUGGUUUUAUCUUCUUAAACAGCACGUUAUUGUUUCUCUGAUUUAGUUCUGUGAUUAGAGAUGGAAAUGGAUAAGGUUGUAUUGA